AUGAUCGAUUCGGAACUCAUUCAUCUGUUGCAAAACGACCGACGAACUUGUCCAAAGAACUAUAGUACACGUCGUGGAGCCCAAGCUGGUACAUGCCUAGCGGUUCUGCUGCUUUCGGUCUGUUUGUUAGUUGCACCACAUCUGAACCCUUUGAUAAUUCCUUUUAAGCAGUCAAAGCAGAGGUCAAUCGAAUCCGAAGAGGCUUCGCGAGCAGCUGCCCGUCAACCACAUAACCUCAGCCUGCAAGAGGUGUCAAGGCGAGCUCCUUCACAAGGUACAGCUCGCUCACGAACCCUUAUGGAGUACGUGUCCAAAGGAGGAGGCCAAUGUCCCCAAGUGCCAGAGGCACCAAUCCCUGAUGAGCCAACUAUGGCUGUUGCGAAGCCUAUAGGCUCCGAUGGGACCACGCAAGCCCGUUUUCGAGGGGAUCCAAAGCUCGACUAUCCAUCAGCGGAGACUAUAGUAUACACCACUCCGCCGAAUGGUGUACGACUGGCUAACUUUACCAAUCAGCAACAUCAACAACGCAUGUAUACCACCCAUCCACAUCAACAGGUUCAGACUCAAUACCGUACGCAACCACCACCGAUGAAGCGAUUCAAAGCGGAGCUCAUCUGA